CUGAACGACCGUUCCCAUAGCAACGGUAAACGGAGCGGCCAGAAGUGCGCUGUGAAUCCCAAACAUCUGCAGCAGACACAACUGAAGGUCACGGAUCUGGAGCGGACUGAUUUAAACUCAACAUUUAACACAGUGAAGUAUCCAUUCCUGCGAUUGGACGGUAGAUUAACGUUACAGUUUCUCUCGUCACGUUUUCUGAACUGCAGCAAUGAAUCCAGUUUCAAUCAGAGGAGGCUGCAAGUCCUCUGAACCCCUCAUGGUUGGUAACAUCAGUCAUCACAGUAUUGAGCUAAUUUGGGGAAGUGGUGAGAAAGAGCGUAGUGGCCCUACUGAAAGCUGGACUCGCUUUGCUGUGGAGGAGAUGGACCGCAAAACACAUACAUAUGGCACCAUAUAUGUUGGAUACAGCACCCAUCAUGUUGUUGAGGGACUAGAGCCCAGCACACUGUACAAGUUCAGACUGAGGACUACCAGACCAAAUGGGGAAUGCUGCCUUAGCCCUGCUGUCUCAAUCUCCACAUCUCGGGAGCCACUGAGCGGCAAACACCUCCACCAGGCUGUGAACAGGAACGAUGAAGAGGAACUGAAGCGAGUGCUGCAGUCUGGCACAGUGAAUGUGAAUGUUUGUGACAAAAUGGGCCUCACGCCGCUCAUGGUAGCAGCACAGAAAGGUUUUGGCAGGUUGGUGCAUAAAUUGGUAGAACAUGGUGCGGAUAUUCACAUAAAGAAUGGCACAGGCAAAGACUGUCUAAUGUUGGCCUGUUUUGCUGGACACUUGGACAUUGUGAAGUACCUGCAUAAGUGUGGGGCCACAUGGCAAUCUCAGGACAAGGGUGGAUGCACCCCUCUCCACUGGGCUGCAGAUGGGGGCCACCUUCCUGUUAUAGCGUACAUGAUUCAGGAUGGCUGUGAGCUGGAUGUGAGGGAUUCUGUCUCUCACUGGACUCCUCUCAUGAGGGUGUCAGCACUGAGUGGAAAUGCUGCAGUGGCCUCACUCCUUAUUCGUGCUGGCGCUGAUGUCAAUGUCCGCGACAAAGAUGGAAAGACUCCACUUAUGGUGGCUGUACUAAACAAUCAUGAGGAGCUGGUGGAACUCCUGCUGGACAAGGGUGCCGACCCCCAUGUGAAGAAUGAGUUUGGAUCAGGUGCAGCAGAAAUGGCCAAAGCGUUCGGAAGGCAGAAUAUCAUCAACUUGUUGGAGGGCAAGAAGAUACUCUAGAUUGGCAUUAACAUCAGAAUAACAAAACAAAAACACUAAUAUUGACUUUCUGUAGAAUUUUUUUAGCAUAAAAAAU